AUGUUUUCCAUAUUUGUUCAGCCUUCUUGAUUCAAAUACCAGGAACAACUCAGCCAGCACAAAGCAAAGCUUUGGGGGGCAACAAAACUCACACCCCCCUCAGCACGCGCACACACACACACGCACGUGAAAACCUAAAGUUCAGGCAUGGGAAAGGAGGAGAAGAAACCUCAGCACAGCACAUCCCUGAAUAACCAGAGCCAGACAGGGAAGGCACCCGAAGGGGAGAAAAGUACCAACUCGAGCAAGACGCAGGAGCCUGCGAUGAAGAAGAAGAAGCAGAAGAAAACCAAGGGGGAUCCCAAAACUGGCCAGGAGGAGGAAUCCCACACUUGUUGUGGCUGCCGUUUCCCGCUGCUGUUUGCUUUGUUGCAGCUGGCAUUAGGCAUCUCUGUAACAGUGCUGGGCUUCCUUAUGGCAGGCAUCAGUUCUUCUCUGCUAGUCAGAGACACUCCAUAUUGGGCUGGGAUAAUUGUCUGUGCGGUAUCCUUAGUGGGAUUUGUUAUGCUUUGUAUUUCGUACCAACCUGAUGAGAAGACCUGUAUACAGUUCACAGUAAAGCUGAUGUAUUUUCUCCUGAGCGCUCUGGGUCUGGUUGCCUGUGUUUUGGCAGUGGCUUUUGCUGCACACCAUUAUUUGCAGAUGACAAAAUUUACCUGCGACAGCAUCCUCGAGUCCUGCCAGUGCAAACUGGACACUGCAGACCCCCUUGGUAGGACCUUUGUCUACCAGGACGCAGCUGACUGUGGCAGCCUCACCAGCAUGCUCAACCUGUACUUACUUCUGCAGAUGGUUCUCAAUCUGAUCGCAGCCCUGGUGUGUCUGUCGGCAUGCUUCGUGAUGUGGAAACACAGAUAUCAGGUCUUCUAUGUGGGCGUUCGGUUUUACCCUUUAACUGCUAUUGAAGGCCAGCAACAGAACGUAUAG